AUGACCGCCAAGCUUCGCGGCAAAAAGCUUGGCCACGUCAUAAGCCUUGUCGGUGCUGUGGGAUUCAUUUUGCAAGGAUAUGAUCAGGCGGUUGCCAAUGGCUUGCUCACUCUUGCUUCUUUUAUCGCUGUUUUCCCUCAGAUUGACACGUUGAACACUACGGGCUCAGUGAAGUCUCAUAACUCCACUAUACAGGGUACUACGGUCGCUAUCUACGAAAUCGGGUGUGCCUUAGGCGCCUUAUCAUGUGGCUUCAUCGGUGAUAGACUUGGUCGUCGCAAGACCAUAUUCCUGGCGGGAUGCAUUGCCCUUGUCGGAAUCAUCAUCCAGGCGACUCCAUUCGCUCUUGGUCAACUGAUAGCUGGUCGAGUGAUUACUGGCUUGGGUGUUGGUGGUUUUACGGCCACAAUUCCCAUGUAUGUCUCGGAGUCUUCAAGUGCGGAGGCACGUGGACGCAUGGUACUGUUACAGGGAUGGUUUGCCAUCGGCGGAGUUGCCUUCGCGACAUGGCUGGAGUUUGGUCUGUACUAUGCCGGUAACAACUCUGCUAGCUGGCGCUUUCCGAUUGCCUUCCAGGCCCUCUUUGCUCUAUUCGUCGUUUGCUGUAUCAUGUUCUUACCCGAAUCACCCCGCUGGCUUGCCAAAUCUGGUCUCAUGAACGAGGCGGCCGAGGUUCUGGCCCGUCUUGAGGACGUGACUAUAGAUUCCGAGCAUGUUAUGCAGGAGCUGGAGAUCAUCCGACAGUCCCUUGCAGAGGGCGAGGCCAAUGCAUCAGAGGCUUCCUCUUCAGCUUUCGCAAGGACUAAAAAUCGCCACAUCCACCGCACUCUCCUUGCAGUUGCAGUCAACAUCCUGGCCCAGAUGACUGGCGUCAAUAUCAUCACUUUUUAUUCUGACACUAUCCUCGAAUCCUCUCUCGGGUAUUCAGGAACCAUCGCCCGCAUAAUUUCCGGCUGCCUGCAAAUUUGGCAAUUCUUUGCAGCCGGACUAGCCGUCCUGUUGAUCGAUCGAUUCGGUCGUCGCCCCUUGCUCAUUGCUGCUGCAUGUGGCAUGGUCAUUGCUCAGGCCUGUCUCGCCGGUCUUUCUAGUGACCUGCAGAAUCACUCCGCAGCCAGCGCAUCAAUUGCAUUCUACUUCAUCGCACUCUUCUGCUUCCCCAUUGGUCUGUUUCUUGUUCCGUUCAUGUAUGCAGCAGAGAUCGCCCCCUUGCGCAUCCGUGCCAAAGUAACCGCUAUGUCAGCCGCUGCAAAUUGGAUCUUCAGCUUUGUUCUGGCCGAGGUGUCCCCCAUUGGGUUCACUACAAUCUCGUGGCGAUAUUACAUCGUAUAUGCCUGUAUCAGCGCUUGCGCUCUGACAACUUUCUAUUUCUUCUGUCCUGAGACGAAGGGCCGGACUUUGGAGGAAAUAGACGAAAUCUUUGUGAAAUCAAAUUCUGUUUUUGAUACUGUGAAGGUUGCACGGGAAAUGCCCUUCCAAACUGAUAUACUGGCGAGCAUUGACGAGGAAAAGCUCGGAGUGACGGUAGAGCGGAUAGAAAACGUUAACGAAUAA